CGAACGCACACUACGCAAGAACAACUUUUGUUCCCCUUUCAUUUUUUUUUUGUUUCCUCUCCAUCUCUUUCGCUCUGCAAACUCCAAAAACCUAUAAAAUUAUAAAUAACAGAAACCCUGAAAAUCCAAUUCAAAAACAUUAACGUAAAUAAAACACACAAACACAGAAAUAUUCAAUUUCAAUUGUUAAUCCCUUCGCGACUCUCUCUCUAUACAAAUUCAUCUGUCUCUGUAUUCGAUAGCAUAUGGAGGCGGCCAUGGAUGAGCAGCAAACCUUAGGGCAAGGGCAAGCCCAGCCACCAGCGCCACCUCCACCGCCUCCGCCAGCGCCCGAAUCCCAAUCUCAAGGAGGCGAGGACGAAGACGACGAUGAAGAAGAGGAGGUUAAGAAUGAAGACGACGAAUUGGUUGCCAAGGCCCAGAAGCUUAUGGACAAGAUCACUUCCGCGCCGGAUAACCCUAAUCCUACUGUUCUUCACGCACUUGCCUCCCUUCUUGAAACUCAAGAGUCUCGAUACAUGGAAGAGAAUGGUCAUUCAUCCAGCAAUGCUCGUGCUUCACAUAACAUCGGACGGCUAGGGAACUUAGUCCGGGAACAUGAUGAUUUCUUUGAAUUAAUAUCUUCAAAGUAUCUGUCGGAAACAAGAUACUCUGUUGCCGUCCAGGCAGCUGCUGGAAGGCUGCUUUUAAGCUGUUCACUAACCUGGAUUUAUCCUCAUGUUUUUGAAGAAGCUGUUUUGGAGAAAAUAAAAGAUUGGGUGAUGGAUGAGACUUCCAGCUCAUCUGUUGAAUACCAGAAUUGGAAGCAUGAUUUGGGGGGCAAGGAGGUCUCAGAUUUUGAAAUGCUGAAGACCUAUGCUACAGGACUUCUUGCUGUAUGUUUGGCUGGUGGUGGUCAAGUAGUGGAAGAUGUGUUGACGUCUGGAUUGUCAGCCAAACUUAUGCGUUAUCUUCGUGUGCGUGUUUUGGGGGAGUCAAGUAUUACUCAAAAGGAUUCUAAUCAUUUAACAGAGAGCAAAAAUACCUUGAAUGCUGUUUGUGUAAGAGGUAGAGAUGAAGGUCGGGGUAGGGUUCGGCAGGUUCUGGAAACAACCCAUUUUGAUGAUCCAAGGAUAACAGAUGAGAGAUGUUUAGAUGACCAGAACGUUGAAGGGAUUCAGGACAGAAGUAUCAGUAGGCAAGCGUUUGGUGAAGAGCGUUGGGUUGAUGGAGGAGAACCACCUGAUGGAUUGGCUGAGGGGGUUGAGAUCUAUGAUGCAGAUGGAAAGAUGAAAUUUGGAGAUUUUGAUGAAAAUGGGAGAGACGACUCCUCAAGGCGCAGACCCAACCGUGGAUGGACAAGAUCUAGAGGGAAGGGAAGGGCAAAUGAAGGUGCUGUAGAGAAUGAACAGCUCUUGACCUCUCCAGGAUCUGGUAGUAGGUUGGGGCAGGGACGGAGCUUUAGAGACAGGGCUGCAUUGAAAAAUUCCGAUGUGAAAAAAAUACCAGAUUCUAGGAAGUGUUUGGACAGGAAUACAGAUGUUUUCUAUCUGGAAAGGGAGGAUAACGAUGACUGCUUCCAGGACUGCAGAGUUGGAUGUAAAGAUAUCUCUGACUUAGUAAAGAAAGCAGUUAGAUCUGCAGAAGCUGAAGCCAGAGCAGCUAAUGCACCUGCAGAAGCCAUCAAAGCUGCGGGUGAUGCUGCUGCUGAAGUUGUCAAAACUGCAGCUUUAGAGGAAUUCAAAAUGACAAAUAAUGAAGAAGCUGCAGUUUUGGCUGCUUCAAGAGCAGCUUCUACUGUCAUUGAUGCUGCCAAUUCAGUUGAAGUUUCAAGGAGCUCGAGUAGCAUCAAUGCCGAAUCAAUGACAUCAAGCAGCACAGAACCAGAAAUCCAUGAAGAUGCUGAAGAAUACUUCAUUCUUGAUGCCGAGUCCCUUGCACAGUUGAGAGAAAAAUACUGUAUUCAGUGUCUUGAGACUCUUGGAGAAUAUGUUGAAGUUCUUGGACCUGUACUGCAUGAAAAGGGGGUAGACGUAUGUCUUGCAUUAUUGCAACGAAAUUCUAGACAUAAAGAGGCAUCAAAGGUUGCAAUGCUCUUGCCUGAUAUAAUGAAGCUCAUUUGUGCUUUGGCUGCUCAUCGGAAAUUUGCUGCCUUGUUUGUGGAUAGGGGUGGCAUGCAGAAACUGCUUACUGUCCCUAGGGUUGCUCAAACCUUCUUUGGCCUUUCUUCUUGCUUGUUUACUAUUGGUUCUCUCCAGGGAAUUAUGGAGCGUGUUUGUGCUCUUCCUUCGGAUGUGGUCAACCAGGUGGUUAAGUUAGCUCUUCAACUACUUGAGUGCUCACAAGAUCAAGCCAGGAAAAAUGCAGCCUUAUUUUUUGCUGCUGCAUUUGUUUUCCGGGCAGUUCUUGAUGCUUUUGAUACUCAGGAAGGCUUACAUAAAUUACUGGGCCUUUUAAAUGAUGCUGCAUCGGUCAGAUCUGGAGUAAAUUCUGGGGCAUUAGGACUCACUGGUUCAGGAUCACUUCGAAAUGAAAGGUCACCUGCAGAGGUACUGACUUCAUCGGAGAAACAGAUAGCUUACCACACUUGUGUUGCGUUGCGGCAAUACUUCAGAGCCCAUCUUCUGUUGCUCGUGGAUUCUAUUCGUCCAAUUAAAAACAAUCGAAGUGCGGCUCGGAAUCUUCCAAGUGUAAGGGCUGCUUACAAGCCACUUGACAUCAGCAAUGAAGCUUUGGAUGCAGUAUUUCUGCAGUUACAGAAGGACCGGAAGUUGGGUCCUGCAUUUGUGAGAACUCGUUGGCCUGCAGUCGAUGAGUUCUUGCGUUUUAAUGGACAUAUUACUAUGUUGGAGUUAUGCCAGGCUCCACCAGUUGAGCGUUAUUUACAUGAUUUACUUCAAUAUGCAUUGGGUGUUCUGCAUAUUGUUACGUUGGUCCCUAGCAGCCGCAAGAUGAUCGUGAAUUCGACAUUAAGCAAUAAUCGUGUUGGUAUAGCAGUCAUUUUGGAUGCAGCAAGUGUUGGUGGUAGUUAUGUGGACCCUGAGAUCAUUCAGCCUGCACUAAAUGUGUUGGUCAAUCUUGUCUGUCCUCCACCUUCAAUCAGUAAUAAACCACCAUUGCAUGCUCAAGGUCAGCAGUCUGUUUCUGCCCAAACCUCAAAUGGUCCUGCUACAGAGACAAGAGAUAGAAACACAGAACGUAAUAUCUCAGAUGUAGUAGAUCGAGGUAGUGCAGCAGCACCUGGUACGCAGUCCAACAGUAGCAAUUCACAAGCUCCUGCUGCCACAGCAAUGUCAGGAUUGGUGGGGGAUCGCCGAAUAUCUUUAGGACCUGCUGCAGGUGGUGCCGGCCUGGCUGCACAAUUAGAGCAAGGCUAUCGCCAAGCAAGGGAGGCUGUUCGCGCCAACAACGGCAUAAAAGUUCUCCUGCAUCUCCUCCAACCACGCAUAUAUUCACCUCCUGCGGCACUUGACUGUCUCCGUGCACUUGCUUGUCGAGUCCUUCUUGGUUUAGCCAGAGAUGAUACUAUUGCCCAUAUAUUGACAAAGCUCCAGGUUGGAAAGAAACUUUCAGAACUAAUUCGAGAUUCUGGGAGCCAGACAAAUGCAACUGAGCAAGGCAGGUGGCAAGCUGAACUUUCACAGGCAGCAAUUGAACUCAUUGCGAUUGUGACAAAUUCUGGACGAGCUAGUACAUUGGCAGCCACUGAUGCUGCUAUGCCAACUUUGAGGCGCAUAGAAAGGGCAGCUAUAGCUGCUGCCACUCCUAUCACUUACCAUUCCAGGGAACUAUUGCUCUUGAUACACGAACACCUUCAGGCAUCUGGUUUGGCCGCAACAGCUGCUUCACUGCUAAAAGAGGCUCAGUUGAUGCCUUUGCCAUCCUUGGCUGCCCCCUCAUCUCUUGUUCAUCAAGCCACACAGGAAGCUCCCUCUGUACAACUUCAGUGGCCCUCUGGUCGCACACCUAGUGGAUUUCUUACAAACAAAUCAAAGAUUACUGCAAGGGAUGAGGAACCAAGUGUGAAAUUUGAUUCUGCUUUCUCGUAUUCAAAGAAGAAACCUUUAGUUUUCUCUCCUAAUUUUGCUCUACAGUCAAGGAAUCAAUCUCAGUCCCAUGAUUCUCACUGGGCAUCAGCCAGGAAAGUCUUUGGUGCAUCGAAACAGUUUUCUGCAUCUGCCAAUGCAUCAGAAACUCCAUCAGCAUCCCUGCCAAAACCUACUUUUGAUACAGAGUCCCAAUGCAAGACGCCCAUUGUCUUGCCAAUGAAACGGAAAUUAUCUGAGUUAAAGGAUCCUGGGUGUUUGCUAUCAUCAGGGAAACGUCUUCACACUGGUGACCAAGGGCUUCGAUCUCCAGUUGGUCCUACACCCACUACCAUGCGGAAGACCAGCCUACUAACUGAUGCUGGUGGAUUCUCUACCCCAACUGCUAACUUAAGAGAUCAAUAUGGUCGAUCAACACCAGCUUGUUUUCCAUUAGAGUAUCCUGAUGAUAACCAGUAUGGUAAUUCUAGCAUGGGCCUGACAACACCAUCCUCCCAAUUUGGGCUGCAGAGUGACCCUCAGCCAAGCAACGCAGAGCGAUUAACUCUAGACUCUGUGGUUGUUCAGUAUUUGAAGCACCAGCACCGGCAAUGUCCUGCCCCUAUAACCACUCUUCCACCACUCUCUCUUUUACACCCACAUGUUUGCCCUGAACCAAGACGAAGCCUUGAUGCCCCAUCGAAUGUUACAGCCCGGCUUGGUACUCGUGAGUUCAAAAGCAUGUAUGGUGGGGUCCACGGAAAUCGCAGGGAUCGUCAGUUUGUUUACAGUAGAUUCCGACCAUGGCGAACUUGUCGGGAUGAUUCUGGUGCCCCUUUGACAUGCAUCUCUUUUCUUAGUGAUUCCGCUCAUAUUGCAGUAGGCGGCCAUGGUGGUGAGCUCAAAAUUUUUGACUCCAAUAGCAGCAAUGUACUGGAGAGUUGUGCAAGCCACCAGUCUCCUAUAACCCUUGUUCAGUCACAUCUUUCCGGUGAGACCCAGCUGGUGCUUUCUUCAAGCUCCCAGGAUGUGAGGUUGUGGGAAGCAUCUUCAGUCUCUUCUGGGCCCAUGCAUUCCUAUGAAGGGUGUAAGGCUGCAAGAUUUAGCAAUUUUGGGGAUAUUUUUGCAGCUCUUCCAUCAGAGCUGGCCCGGCGAGAGAUUCUCCUGUAUGACAUCCAAACUAGCCAGUUGGAAUCGAAACUGUCAGAUACAUCUGCUAGCUCUACAGGUCGGGGACAUUCUUAUUCUCAUAUACACUUCAACCCUUCAGACACAAUGCUGCUUUGGAAUGGGGUCCUAUGGGACAGACGGGUUUCUACCCCUGUUCAUCGUUUUGAUCAGUUUACAGAUUAUGGGGGCGGUGGCUUCCAUCCUGCUGGGAAUGAGGUGAUUAUAAACUCUGAGGUCUGGGAUCUCCGGAAAUUCAGACUCCUUCGGAGUGUACCUUCAUUAGACCAAACAACAAUAACUUUCAAUGGGCGUGGUGAUGUAAUUUAUGCAAUCCUCCGGCGAAAUCUGGAGGAUGUAAUGUCAGCGGUUCACACCCGACGUGUAAAGCAUCCCCUCUUUGCUGCAUUCCGCACGGUGGAUGCAGUUAACUACUCUGACAUUGCCACUAUUCCAGUUGAUCGUUGUGUCCUUGACUUUGCAACAGAGCCAACUGAUUCCUUUGUUGGGUUGAUCACAAUGGAUGAUCAAGAUGAUAUGUUAGCUUCUGCUAGGGUUUAUGAAAUUGGUCGCCGGAGGCCGACUGAUGAUGAUUCUGAUCCUGAUGAUGCUGAGAGUGAAGAAGAUGAAGAUGACGAGGAUGAGGAUGACGACGAUGAUGUGGACCCUAUACUGGGCCCAGAUCUUGAUGGGGAUUCUGACAGUGAUGUUGAUGAUAUGAGCAAUGAUGAGGAUGACAGCGUGAGUGACCUCGACGAUGACGACGAGGAUGGAGAUUUUAUUAUGGAUGACUUUGAGGGAGGAGGUGGAAUACUGGAGAUUGUGACAGAUGGCGAGGAAGACGACGAUGACGAUAGUCAAUUUAUGGAAUCCUUUAGCAGUGGUGAUGAGGAUUAUGUGGGCGGUUUUGGAUAUUAAUUGUAACAUAAUUUUCUUAAACCCGAUUAGAUUCGUGUUAGUAGUUGACCAGAUAGUGUAAUUAAUUGUUUUAUUUUUGGGUUUUCCUUAUGCAUUAUUUACCAAUGAGAAGAAAGCUAGUUUCAUUCAUUAGUUUACACGUAGAUUUUUCACCCGCACCUUCCUUUGUAUGUUUUUUUGCUUGCUGGGUUCAGUGAUUACACCAUAAUUAAUUGUUCUGGAACUUA